AUGCCACCACCACCACCACCACCACCACCACCAUUUACCCUUCCACCUGACUCCAUCUCCACACAAACAAACCUCAUCAAUCACCUCCUACCACCACCACCACCACCAUUUACCCUUCCACCUGGUAAUAGCAGUGCUAAUUCAAAUGAAAAUAGACUCCAUCUCCACACAAACAAACCUCAUCAAUCACCUCCUGACUGGAGAUCGGUUGAAAGCACCACCACCACCACCAACACCAUCAUCACCAUCACAAUGGUUCGUCCGAAUACGGCACGCAACCGCGCCCGGGCUCGCGCUCGGAAGAUGAUCUUGGAGUCCCCGAACUGCCCCCCGGCGGUUCAAAACGCUGGCCGCGUCACCGCCGCAAUGGAGACUGCGCUCCGGGGCGUCAUUGACCCCAUGUACGCGGGCAACAUUGCCAACACGACGGUCCGGGGUGCUGCUCUCGCGGGAGCACAGGCUGCUGCUGCAACCUGGCCUCCAAAUGGCUUCCAGCUCUGA